CGGAAACCAGCAACCUCAAAGCGGUGCUUAUCUAAGAAGAAGAACCCGAGCUGACCGCCAAGGAAAUGAGGCAGCUAAUGGCGAAGCAGAAUAACGUCAUAGCCGAUAUGCAAAAGCAAAUGAGCCAAGUCAUAGCGCUCAUGAUGAGCAAAGAAGCCGCAACAACAGUGGAGGCGACAACAAGCGCGCCACCACCCGCACCGCCACCUGGUGAAGCGAUAGGAAUCGCCCCGCCACCACAACUCGCACCGGCCGAAUUCCCUGCGUGCGAAGCGCAACAAGCCGAGCCGCAGGGUAGGGCAGACCUUAGUUUUCUCGAGCAACACUUGUCUCCGCAAUACCGACCCAACCCACCCAAGAGGGCGCUCCACCAACUGCUAAGCGCGGAAAUCAUGGCGGAACACCUGAGCGGAAUGCCACCCGCCCUCCCAACAUAUAACGGGACGACUGAUCCCGAAGACCAUGUGAGCACCUUCUGCCUGCGGAUGCAACUCCAAACCAACUCCAACGCGGCACUAUGCCGAACCUUCCCAUCAACAUUCUCCGGAAUAUGCCUCGAUUGGUAUAACAGGCUCCCGAACGGGAUCAUCCGCUUAUUUGAGGAGUUCAUACUCCUAUUCACGACGAAGUUCGCGUCCCAAAAGAGAAGGCCUCUCCACCUCAAGGCGCUGAUAGACAUCAGGCAAAAGGAUGGGGAAAGCCUGCGAUCAUUUUACGCCAGAUGGUCCAGGGUGGCGAUGGCAGUGCGCGACCUUACCCCCGAAACCGCCGCCCAUCACCUUAUGGAAGCCACCACCAACAUGGAACUCAAGCGGGCGCUAGCAAAAAGGCCCGUAACACUAUCGACAGAGUUGGAGAUGAAGAUCGAGAAGGCAAUUACGGUGGAAGAAACCCUCGGAGCGGGAUCUGUCAGGCGCUUCGAACCAGCCAAAUUGUCGCAAGAGGAACAGGGACGUCGGCAGCUCCCGCUGCCGCGAGACCAAUUGGCGCAACUACACAGCGGGCCAAAGCGCCACCCCCUCCCCCACAAGAGCAAGCUCAGCGAGGACGAUCGCCAGACAGGCGCGCAUCCCACGCCUUCACACCGCUUAACGACUCCGUGAAGAACGUGUUCCACGUUCUCCGCGAGAAGGGCUACAAGCUCAAUUGGCCCUCGCCUUUGAAGUCCUUACCCCACAUGCGUGACCCAAAAAAGCAUUGUGACUUCCAUAGAGCAACGGGGCACUGGACAGAAGAUUGUCGAGAACUACGUUACGAAAUAGAAGGCCUCAUACGACGAGGAUUGCUGGCCGAGUUCACACACGAAAAAGAGGAACAAGUAGGGGGGCCCCAAAACCCGCCACCACCCCCACAAGCCGACUACAACAAAGCCACUGGAGCGUAUGUAGUGCGAUAAGAAAUAGGGGUGGUGACA